AUCAUCCAUUUUUGAUUUUGCUUCUCAUCCAAAUAGUUAUUGAUUUUUUUUUGUUGUUGUUUUUAUCGAUUGAUUUUCAUUGUUUUUGUUGUUGCUGUUGUUGUUCGAAUCUUUUGGAACGAUGAAUGUGAAGAUUUUGGCUAUUUCAACAACCACUGUAAUAAUUAUCACUAUUCUUGGCGGUUGUAUUUGGUAUGGUAAUCAUCGUGAUGAUUCGAUUGAAAAACGUCAUAAAAAUCCGAAUUAUUAUAAUGUUUUAUCAAUAAAUUGGCCAUUUACUGUUUGUGUAAAUGCAACAAAAUCCUGUAUAAAACCAUUACCAAAUCGUUGGACAAUUCAUGGUUUAUGGCCAAAUGGUUUAGAUAAUUCGAUGCUUUCAAAUUGUCGAACGGAAAAAUUUGAUUCAAAUCAAAUACAACGAUUGAAACCAAGAAUGGAAGAAGAAUGGUUAUCAGCAAAAUUAACCGGUAAUGAACAAUUUUGGAAACAUGAAUGGGAAAAACAUGGAACAUGUGCAACAGGAUACAAUCAAUUCAACUAUUUUAACCGAACAUUAUCAUUAUUCGAACGUUAUGAUAUAAAUCGAAUGUUGAAAAAUUAUGGUAUAAAUUAUGGUGGUUUGAUCAAAGUUGCCGAUGUUCGUCGCGCUAUUGAAGCUGAUGGCUUACAAUCCGAUAUGUUUGUAAUUCAAUGUAAAAAUUCUUAUAAACAACCAUAUCUAUUUGAAAUUCGUUUAUGUUUUACAGCCGAUCUAAAACCAAUGCAAUGUCAAAUCAAAAGUAAUUGUAAAACACCUGAAGUUUUUUAUGUUAUGAAAUGAUUCUAUCCUAAAAAAACGAAGAAUAAGAGUUUAAUGUGAUUUAAAUCGUCCAAAAAGCAUUGAAUUCAUUGAAAUUAUGAUAAAAUAAAAAUUUUAAACAAAAAAAAAAAAAUUUUUUUUCAAAUCACUAUAUCGACCUUGUUGGUUCGCCAUGAACAUAACAGGCAAACACACACACACGUUGCAUAAACUUCAAUUUAUAUUGCGAGUGAUAAUAAAAAGGGGAUGUGAUUUUUUCGAUUUUUUUUCAAUUUAAACAAAAUCAUUCAUUUUUUAUCAAUGAUUUUUCCUUGUUCAUUUCAUUUCAUUAAAUACGAAUUUUGUGUACCUAAUUUCCUAUUGUGUUUGUGUGUUUGAGGGUGUUUUUCUAUUGACCUAAUUUGUU